AUGCUCAUCAUCGGCGCAGGCCCUGCUGGGGCUUCGCUGGCUUGUUUUCUCGCAUCAUACGGACUGAAAGGAAUCAUGAUCAGCGCAAGUCCCGGGACCGCAGAUACCCCGCGGGCUCACAUCACGAACAUGGCAGCUCUGGAAUGUCUCCGAGAUAUUGGUUUGGACAAGGAACUUCAAGCGAUUGCGACGCAAGGUCAUUGCAUGCAACACACGCGUUGGUGUUAUAGCAUGGCUGGGGAGGAGUUUGCGCGUAUUCCUUCAUGGGGAAGUGAUCCCAGAAGAAAGGGUGACUACGAACUUGCGAGUCCCUGUGACCACGUCGACAUACCCCAAACCGCUCUAGAACCAAUCUUGGUCCGACACGCAGCCCAUCACGGCUUCGUCGUCAGGUUCAACACCAAGCUCGUAUCCUGGAGCAAGGAAUCUUCUCCAGACGGAAGGUACCUAGCCACCGUCUGGGACAUGGUCUCCAAAAUCCACUACACCAUCCGGACAAAAUACAUCUUUGGGGCAGACGGCGCCCGAAGUCUUGUCGCAAAGACCCUCCAACUACCCCUGGUGGCAAAACCUAGAGGUGGCCUGGCCAUCAACGUCCUGGUCAAAGCCGACCUCUCUCAUCUGAUGGACCACCGGAAGGGCAACCUGCAUUGGUUAAUGCAGCCCGGGGUCGAUCAUCCCAGCUUCGGCUGGACGGGCAUCGCGAGGAUGGUGAAGCCAUGGUUUGAGUGGAUGUUUAUUCUGUUCCCGACCAAGGAGUUUGAUGCGUCGGCUGAGGUCACGGAAGAGGCGUACAAGCAGCGUGUCAAAGAGUUCAUCGGUGACGAUACCGAAGUCGAGGUUCUCUCCGUCUCAAAGUGGUUCGUCAACGACAUUGUUGCCGAGAAAUACUCGGAAGGGAACGUAUUCUGCCUCGGCGACGCGGUCCACCGCCACCCCCCAAUGAACGGCCUCGGCUCAAACACCUGCAUCCAAGACGCCUUCAACCUAGCCUGGAAAAUCGCCCACGUCGAAAAGGGCUCCGCCGGCACCGCUCUCCUCGACACCUACAGCGUCGAGCGGCAACCCGUAGGUCUCGGUAUCGUGGCCCGCGCCAACGAGGCCUUCCGAGACUACUACGCCGUGUGGCAGUCCCUAGGCAUGCUGGAGCAGACGGCAGAGGAACGGAGUGCAAUCUUUGAGAAACUCUCGCAUACGACGGACGAGGGCCGUGAGAAGCGCCGCGCUUUCCGUGAGGCUAUUGGCCGGACGGCUCACGAGUUUCAUGGUCUUGGUGUUGAGAUGAAUCAGCUUUAUUCCGGGCCGGCGAUCUAUGCUGGGGAUGAAGAUGGGCCUUACACGCCUUCGCCGCAGGAAGCUGAGGAUCCUGUUGCGUAUUACGGUCCUGGCACGUACCCGGGCCGCCGAGUACCUCAUGUAUGGCUGAACAAGGCGGUUCCGAAGGAGCCUGUUUCGACUAUUGACCUGGCUGGCAAGGGUGGCUUUACCAUCUUCACCGGCCCAGGCGGAAGUCUUUGGCGUGAGGCGGCUGCUGCGGUUGCGACUAAGCUGGGUUGCGAGAUCAGGGUCCAUUCUAUUGGUUUUCGCCAGGACUGGGAGGAUGUUUACUAUGAGUGGGAGCGCCUUCGCGGGGUUGAGGAGUCGGGUGUUGUCCUCGUUCGGCCGGACCGCUUUGUGGCGUGGAGGCAGAGCGAGGUAUCUGCUGACUUGGAUACGUGUGUUCAGAAGCUUGUGCGGGUGAUGAAGACCGUUUUGCUCCGUACUGAUGAGUGA